AGACUGCUGUCGGCUGUGGUGUGUGGGAAAUUUAAUUAGUGACGGCACCAAAAGGUCAACAACGAGGGUGGAGUACAUGAAACUCUAUUAAUUAGAUUUGUCCUCCCCGCUCCUGCGGCCACCAGUCCAUCCCCGUUAUGUAAGCCAACCAGCGGGAUGAUCAUUUAGCGGAGAAUCUGGAGGACACCGAGAAAAAAAGGACACCGACAACACACGAUGCUGCCGCGGAUUUGUGUAAAGUUCAAGCUAAAGUACUUCCUGGUAACCGUGGGCGGUCUGUACUUGCUGUACUUUUUCGGUGCGUUCACGCACUUCUUCGAGAAGGAUUUUGAGGCCACGUUCGACUACCCACUCAACGGUGACAUCCUGUCCGAUGUGUACCAGCUACGCCAUGGUCAGCAACCGGCACGCCAGCCGAUCAAUCGGUACAACUACACCUACAUCACGAGCUGCGAGCACAAGUGCAAGGUGGACGAUCGAUUAAUGGCCCCGCGGCUCGUCUUUAUCGUCAAAUCUGCCAUCGAACACUUUGAUCGGCGGGCAGCGAUCCGGAAGAGCUGGGGUUAUGAGCGAAGGUUCGCCGACGUUAAGAUACGGACCGUGUUCAUGCUUGGCCGGCCACGGAUCGUGCCUAACCGGCGGCUACAAUCGUUGGUCGAUCUCGAGUACAGCACAUACAGGGACAUCGUGCAGGGGGACUUUGUGGACGAGUACUUUAACAACACGAUCAAAACGAUGAUGGGCUUCCGAUGGGCCGUCACGUACUGUCCGCGGGCCAAGUUUUACAUGUUUGCGGAUGAUGAUUUCUACGUGUCGGCCAAGAAUCUGCUCCGGUACGUCCGCAAUCCCGUCAACUAUCCCGAGUAUCUGGAGGAAACGGAUGAAGCACUGCGUAAGCUGGCACGCCGGUUAGCGCACACGACGGAGCGGAACGGAACGGUCAACGCGUCAAGUCCGAUACCGAUCGAGCCGGCUGUAGCGAAGGAUCGCACCAAGCGGCAGCUGAUGCAGGAUAUGGAACUGCCACCGAAUGUGAAACUGUUCUCCGGCUUUGUGUUCCGAUCGGCACCACAUCGUCAUCGAAGUAGCAAGUGGUACGUUUCCCUCGAAGAGUAUCCGUGGGAUAUGUGGCCAACGUACGUCACUGCGGGAGCAUUUCUACUCUCCCACGAGGCACUCUUCGAGAUGUACUACGUCAGCAUGUACACGAAACACUUCCGUUUCGAUGAUAUCUUUUUAGGAAUUGUCGCAAUGAAGGCCGGCAUCGAGCCACUCCAUUCGGAAGAGUUCUACUUCCACAAGGCACCAUAUCUGGGGCCACAGAGCUACAAGUACGUGCUGGCAACGCACGGGUAUGACGAUUUGACUGAGAUGACCAAAGUGUGGAACGAAGUGCGAGCUUCCGGAUACGCCUAGACCACUGAACAUCGAACGAAGGGAAUCCCCUUCGCCUCCUCCCCCCUCAAGCGUUUCCAGAAGAACUGGAAUUGAUAAGAUAGUUCGGUAGUUUGUUAGUUAGCGGUUUACUAUUUCCCCCCCCCCCCCCACCCCCAUUUGUCCCACCAACACACGGAUAACGGAACGCGGGUCCAAAGAGUGACGCGAAGAUGACUUGGUGAUCGUACGGGCCUCACCGACCCGCGCUUCCUCGUUUUGCAGGAUUAUCGAAGACGUUUCGUAGGCUCUUAGCAUUUUUGGAAUUGAUCAUGAAGCUCGCGUACCGUAGCCGGACAGAUAGAUAAGAUAGAUAGAACCCCGUAGAGGUGUUUCCGUUCUCGGUUUUUUCCUAGCGUUCGUUCGGGUGGCUCUUCCCCGAAGAUAGGACUGUUAUCAGGUAGUGCAACGAAGCAUUUGUCUUGUAUUUUUUUUCUUUCCCUCUCGAUUAGAAACUGGGUACUUUCGAACGGUUAGGCUUAGGAACGCGUAGGUUUGAGGUUGACAGUGUUUUACUCGAAGCAGUGUUUUUGCUCGUAUUUAUCUUUCCUAUAAACCGAAAUGUGAUAGCAUUGUGCAGUGGAACACUAAUAAAAACCAAAUCUUUAAACUUCA